UAUUCAGAAUGCAGCUGGGUCUAGUGACGAUGCUGGCGAUCGCCGGGAUAACAGCUGCCAAAAUACCGGGAUGCGAUUACUUCGACACAGUGGAUCUGUCGCAGAGCAAGCGGCUGCCGAAUGGCUCGUACCAGUAUGAGAAGCUGAUCAUACCGGCGAGUCUGGUUGGCGAAUAUGACUACGAGAUACUGGAGACGGGCCACAAGGAGUCUGUGGCCAGGCAUCUCAGGGGCUGUGCCUGCCACUUGGGCACCUGCAUUCGGUUCUGUUGCCAUCGGAAUCUCUUCCUCGUGGACGGCGAACGCAAGUGCGACGGGGACAUAUCAAAAGCAAUCGAAUUCGAUCCUAUUAUCAACAUCACGCUGAACGAUGGCACCCAGGUGAGAAGACACGUUUUACAGGACUUUAUCAUACAACAGGAUCUGCCCGUCCCAUGCGCCUCUCACGACCAUUUGGAUGCGGAAAACGACGAGAGUCAUCAGUGGACCCUCUUAGAGAACGGAGUCCUGCGUCUUCAGUUCGAUGAUGCUGAGUUGUCUAAGCAAGAGUAUUGCCUGCAGCCCCAUAAGAUC